CCCAUUUGAACUGAAUCACUUAAAUAGUAAAAUUUGUGUACUAGCCGGAGGCGACACCAUUUGUCCAAAGCAGGCAGCGAAGCUAGUCCCCCGGGCUCAAUCUCAGCCGCACCAACACCACGGACAGCCGCCCAUAUCGAUUUGGAAUUGGAUAAUAGUUGCUAUUCUAUUGUUUAUCUGCAUUCAAGAACGAAGAAUGUUGGGAGCAUCAAAGUGGUUUAGGUUUAGUACGCGGGAGCUAAUCUUACGCAAUGGCUCUUGCAAGAAACCAGUUCUCUUAGCCCAGAACAAUAUUCUUCUGCGUGGGAGCAUAAGCAGCAGCAGUAGUGUUAUCAGUGGUUCCUCCUCUGCGUACCUUCCAUGGAAGAAUCUCAGAAGCAGAACAAGCUCCGCUGGACCUCUCAAUCUCAAAAAUUUCCUAUCCGAUUCUGGGUUUUCAUCUGCCCCUUCCAGGCCACCGAGUGCAAUGCUGAAUGGGCGCGUAUUGUUCUCGACCUCCGCUCCUAGUAAUCCUAAUGCUAAUCAGAACCAUGGAGCUAAAUCAUCGAUUGCUACUACCAAAUCAGAAGAGAAACAUGUUGCAGACAUGAAAAUUCUUCGUACCCUUGCUAGUUACUUGUGGAUGAAAGAUAACUUCGAAUUUCGCUUAAGGGUCAUCACUGCUCUUGCCUUUCUAGUGGGUGCCAAGGUCUUGAAUGUUCAGGUCCCUUUCCUGUUUAAGCUCGCUGUUGAUUGGUUGAGCACUGCUACUGGCAAUGCUACUGCCCUUGCUUCCUUCACUACUGCUAAUUCUACUCUCAUUGCUCUCUUUGCAACCCCUGCAUCUGUUCUCAUUGGUUAUGGCAUUGCCCGCUCUGGGGCUUCUGCUUUCAAUGAACUGAGGACUGCCGUGUUCUCUAAGGUUGCUCUGCGAACCAUCCGUCAAGUUUCUAGAAAGGUGUUUUCACAUUUGCAUGACUUGGACCUCCGUUUUCAUCUCAGUCGAGAAACUGGUGGAUUAAAUAGAAUAAUUGAUCGCGGCAGCCGAGCAAUCAAUUUUAUUCUCUCUUCAAUGGUGUUCAAUGUUGUACCAACUGUCUUGGAGAUAUCUAUGGUAUCAGGCAUUUUGGCAUACAAAUUUGGAGCUCCUUUUGCAUGGAUCACUUCACUUUCAGUUGCUGCAUAUGUUGCUUUCACAUUGUCUGUGACACAGUGGCGGACAAAGUUUAGGAAGGCCAUGAAUAAAGCGGACAAUGAUGCCAAUACAAGAGCAAUAGAUUCUCUAAUCAAUUAUGAGACUGUCAAAUAUUUCAACAACGAAGCUUUUGAAGCAGACAAAUAUGACGAGUUCUUAAAGAGGUAUGAAGGUGCAGCGUUAAAAACACAACGAAGUCUUGCAUUUCUUAAUUUUGGCCAAAAUGUGAUAUUUAGCUCAGCUUUAUCAAUAGCUAUGGUUUUAUGUUCCCAUGGGAUCAUGAAUGGCCAAAUGACAGUUGGUGAUUUGGUUAUGGUGAAUGGGCUACUCUUCCAGCUAUCCCUCCCCCUCAAUUUCCUCGGCAGUGUUUAUCGUGAGACCAUACAGAGUCUUGUUGACAUGAAGUCAAUGUUUCAAUUACUUGAGGAGAGAGCUGAUAUUAGAGAUAAAGAUGUUGCAAAGCCUCUUAAGUUAAAUCGGGGUAGCAUACAGUUUGAGAACGUGCACUUCAGUUACUUGGUGGAAAGAAAGAUUCUUGAUGGCAUAUCUUUUGUUGUACCAGCUGGAAAAAGUGUGGCUAUUGUUGGGACAAGUGGCAGUGGCAAGUCAACUAUUCUUAGAUUGCUCUUCAGGUUUUUUGACACUGAUUCUGGAAGUAUAAAAAUUGAUGGUCAAGAUAUACGAGAUGUUACACUGGAGAGUCUGAGAAGGUCUAUUGGUGUUGUCCCACAAGACACAGUACUAUUCAAUGAUACGAUAUUUCACAACAUUCAUUAUGGUCGUCUUUCAACAACAGAAGAGGAAGUGUAUGAUGCUGCUCGACGUGCUGCAAUCCAUGACACUAUAUUGAAUUUCCCUGAGAAAUAUUCUACUGUGGUGGGGGAGCGAGGGCUCAAGUUAAGCGGUGGUGAGAAGCAACGUGUUGCGCUGGCACGUGCAUUUUUGAAAGCCUCUCCUAUUCUGCUGUGUGAUGAAGCUACAAGUGCACUUGACAGCACAACAGAAGCAGAGAUAUUAAGUGCAUUGAAGUCAUUAGCCAAUAAUCGAACUUCAAUUUUCAUUGCUCACAGGCUUACAACUGCAAUGCAGUGUGAUGAGAUAAUAGUUCUGGAGAAUGGGAAGGUGGUUGAGCAGGGACCCCAUGAAGUUCUAUUAACCAAGGCAGGGAGAUAUGCACAGUUAUGGGCACAGCAAAAUAAUUCGGUGGAUUCCCUUGAUGCAGCUAUUAAAUUGGAGGCAUAACUGUUAUCUUCCUCUCUAUUUAACCCUUCGUCCUGGUACCAUACAAAUAGAAUGUUUACUCAGCUUUUUAUUUUUGUGAGUAAGCCCAUGUAAUGGGACUUGGGCACUAGGGCACUUGAUGGGUGACUCUUGCGGGGUUGCAUCCUCAGAAUGAGUGUGCAAAGGGGUAACAUUUGCCAUAUCUUGGAAGAAAAGAAGCAACAAUAUGCUACAUAAGAAGCUAUUUGGAACUGAAAUUAUGGUGAGAUGUACAUAAGCCUUCACAACUCACUCAAUAGCAUAGAUCAACAAAGACUUCAGAUCUAAUUUUUCUCACAUAUCUAUUUUCUGGUCCUUAGAUUGGAUGAGAUUGAAUAUAGUUGAGAUGAACUUGUUUCCCAUCAUUGUUAUAGAGUAACUGUAUAUCAAAUAAUCUAUAAAUUUUGUAUCAUCAAAUGACAUUUAGAUGUUUUAAAGUUCGUGUAAUUCCAGAAAUGCUGACGUUAGCCUUUGCGUGUGGUUCCAUAUAUUGAUAGCUUAAUAAGAGCAAGCUGCUUUGACA